AAAGUUUGUUCCCAAAUUCUUUUUUGUACAUACAUAUAUAUACAUAUAUAAAUAUAUUAUUUCAAUGGAGGAUCCAAAUUCAACAUUGUUGCCAUAUAUUUUGGAGACACUUAGUCGCAAGCCAGAGCUCUGUGACACUUUUGAUCAUAUUUGCAAAGACAUUGAGGAACAACUAAUUGCUGAUAAUAAUACGCGCUAUGGAAAUGUUCGGAUCGCUGUGCAGCGUGCUUUAAGUGUUGGCCAAUCGCUAGGAAUUUUAACUUUGACCAACGAAACCAUACGCAUGCCUUUCAAUUUUCGUUCAAGCACUGCUAAAAACACAAAAAUUGUACCAACAUCAGGGAACCUACAAGUUCAACAGCCAGCAAUAGGAACUGGAAACCCGGUGGUUCAAAAUGAAACUGAGAAGAACAGCAUAGUAGCUUCGAAAACGCCUAAAUGUAACGUGCCAAACAAUUUUGAUGGCCGACGAGGUAACCCUGACUUUGGGUUUGCAUCGCCUCAUCGUUCCAAAAAACUUCGAGGCCGACCAAGAGGACGCAGUUGUGCCCGGAAAUCAACAGCUAAACGAAGUUACUCACGCGGAAGGUCGGCACGUGGCCGCAAACGUGCCCGUAGUGCUAAUGGAAGAAAAAUCAAUAGAAAGCGGUAGAACUUGUAGUUUUAAUAUAAAUCAACUGUACUAAAUACAUUUCCUUGUAUUAUUUUUACGUAAUGUACUUCAGAAUUUUUCGUUUGACAAUAUGAUCAAAAGAAAUUAAACAAAAACAAGUAAAAAAGGGCUAAA